UCGAUUUGAACCAAAAUGGCGCUUGUUUCACAAAGCCUGGUGAUAGGAGAUGGAAGCCGAGGCCACUAGUGCUUUGUCUUGAUCACAUUUUUGCUUGGGCCGCAUAGGUAGAAAAAGUCUCCCACAAACAGUAACAACUGUUCUUUGAAGAUCAUGUUUGUACCUGUCUACGGAGUAAAAAAGUUUGGAGGAUAACUCGUUUUACCUAUCUGGCAGUGAAUAUCAACACGCUACAUAGCUGCUUAAGUGCAUGAUUUUUGGGACUUAGUGCCUAGCCUAGUCUCCGCGUUGCGGAACUCUUAUUCACUUCUGCUCAUACCAUCCAAACAACGAGUUCUUUUUUUCCCCAGGGGUGUUUUGGUUUCCUGUUAUUUAUUAUUCAGAAGUGCCCCGAGCGGACUUGUUUCCAAGGGUGAUGGUCAGUUUGUUCGCGUUCCCGGCGGCGGCCGCUGGUGACCGAGAGAGCGACAAGAUGGCGGCGGGAGCCGCUCCGGUUUCUGCUGGAUCACUGUGUUUUUAAAGACCGGCGACCGGCCAGGAUGAACCUGUGCGCCCAGUAUUUAAGGCAAGCAGAGGCCCUGAAGGCUGACAUGACAGAUUCAAAGCUGGGUCCAGCAGAUAUCUGGACAUCAAGGCAAGCUCUGCAGGACCUUUACCAGAAGAUGUUGGUGACAGACCUGGAGUAUGCUUUAGACAAAAAAGUGGAACAAGACCUCUGGAACCAUGCAUUUAAGAAUCAAAUAACAACACUACAGAGUCAAGCCAAGAAUAGAGGUAACCCUAACAGAAGUGAAGUUCAGGCCAACUUAUCCCUGUUUCUUGAGGCAGCUAGUGGAUUCUACACACAACUGUUGCAGGAAUUGUGCACAGUGUUCAAUGUGGACUUGCCUUGUCGGGUCAAGUCAUCUCGACUGGGAAUAAUCAGCAAUAAACAGAAUAACACCAGCGCCAUUGUAAAACCCCAACCAAGCUCUUGCUCAUAUAUUUGCCAGCAUUGUCUUGUGCACCUUGGAGACAUUGCACGGUAUCGCAAUCAAACCAGCCAGGCAGAGUCCUAUUAUAGACAUGCGGCUCAACUUGUACCUUCAAAUGGGCAACCUUAUAAUCAACUGGCUAUAUUGGCCUCCUCUAAAGGUGACCACCUCACAACGAUUUUCUACUACUGCAGGAGCAUUGCUGUCAAGUUUCCUUUUCCUGCAGCUUCCACAAACUUGCAGAAAGCACUCUCCAAAGCUCUGGAAAGCCGUGAUGAGGUUAAAACCAAAUGGAGUGUUUCUGAUUUCAUCAAGGCCUUCAUUAAGUUUCAUGGCCAUGUGUACUUGAGUAGGAGUCUUGAGAAGCUCAGUAGUCUAAGGGAGAAGCUGGAAGAACAAUUUCAGAGGUUAAUUCUUCAGAAGGCCUUCAGCUCUCAGCAGCUGGUACAUAUUACGGUCAUUAAUCUGUUUGAACUCCACCAUCUGAGGGACUACAGUAGUGAGGCAGAUGAACAAAACUUCAGCCCGGAUGAACAGAUCAGCUGGAUCCAACUGCUAGCCCUCUUCAUGUCAUUUUUGGGCAUCAUGUGCAGCAGGGCUUUGCUCAGUAAGAACCAUGAGGAGGUCCUUGGCGAGUGCCCUCUUCCAGCCAUCAAGGUUUCUUUAGACUGGUUAAAACUGCGGCCACGAGUCUUCAAUGAGAGCGCAGUGGACAAAAGACAGUAUGUUUGGUCAUGGCUGGUUGCAAUCCUGAACAGCUUCCAGCCAAGGGAAGAUGAUGUGACUUGUACUCCAGUGAUGCCCUUACCAGAGGAAUUUGAGCUGCAGGGGUUUCUGGCUCUCAGGCCCGCUUUACGAGCACUUGAUUUUUCAAAAGGGCAUCAGGGCAUCAUUGGUGAUAAAGGUCUGCCUACCCGAGCUCGUCAUCAGAGACUCAUCAGUCUAGGAAAGUGGGUAGCUGACAAUCAGCCGAGGUUGAUACAAUACCGCAUUGAAGAUGGUGUUCUCCAGUUCAUAACUGACAUACCACAAAUGAUAAUUGAAGAGCCCCAGGAUAAAGAUGGCCUCGUGCUCCAGGAAUCCUCCAACAGUGACCCUCCAUCUAGUGAGGGCAGCAUGGGGCUCAAGUCUGUGCUUUCAGUGGGCAAAUCCCACGGUGGCGGUCCAGAGGGUGGUGAGAGGCCAGUGGUUACAUUCAAGGAGAAUAUCAAGCCACGUGAGCAUAGCCGGGAACUGGCCCGCAAUCUCCACCAGAAAGAGGGGAGCAAGGAUAGGAGGGACUACAGUAAGGGCAACGGCACCCCCUGCAAGAAUGAACAGAAGAAAGACAACAAAAGAAAGAAUGAGUCUAAGAAAAACAGCCACGAGAAGACUCCAGAUUCAGGAAAACAGGCAAAAGGCCAGUCUGAGAUGACAAAGGUGCCAGUAUCGGAGUCCAGAAAGACUCCAGUGACACAGACUCAGACCACUAGUUCCUCCCAGUUCAUCCCCAUCCAUCACCCAGGAGCCUUCCCUCCACUUCCCAGCAGGCCUGGAUUCCCCCCUCCGGCUUAUGUUAUACCCCCUCCUGUGGCCUUCUCCAUGAACCCAGGCUUCACGUUCUCUACUGGGGUGUCUGUUCCUGGACCCUUUCUACAACCUGCCUCCCACACUCAGACAGGCACCCAGAUACCAGCUGGGAAACAGUCACACAUUCCUUACAGUCAGCAAAGGCCCUCGGGGCCAGGAGCCAUUAACCAAGGUCCCCAGCAGCAACAACAAGGACAGCAGCCAUUGCAGCCAUCCGCACAGCUGCAGGUGCAGGCUUUGUCUCAGCAGCAGCAACAGCAGCAGCAGCAAUCUCCCACAAAACCCAUGGCAGCCCAGCAAGGCAAAAGUCCCCCUCACCAUCCAGGCAUGCAGCAGUACAUGCAGGUCAGUGAGCAGUCAGGCCAGCUGUGGAACCAACACCAGCCCCAGCCAUCACUGCAGAAGAUGCCGCUGCCUGUGAAGCAACCCUUCUUCAUGUCACCCCAGGACCCAAUGAAGCUCUUUGAACAUCAGGUGCAGGCAGUGCCCAUGCAGCCUCCACAGUCCAUCAGCACGGACAAGAAGGUCAAAUAUCCAGAAGUCAAAGCACAGGAUUUCUACUGGGAAUCUCCUUAUCGUAUGGCAGACAACCAACCUAUGAUGAGUCAUCAAGUGACCAAUGAGCGGCUCAUCAAGCGUCAGCCGGUCUUUUGCCCUGAAAAGGAUUGUGUGCCCAGGUUGUCAUCUUUUGAGGACAACAAGAGCUCCCCUCUUCUACCUCCUGACCUGUUAAAAAGUCUAGCUGAUUUUGAGGAGGAGGAAGAGCUGGCCUUUACUAAGCCGCAUGAUUUCUACCAGGCUUUGGCUGGCCCACUUAGCACUGCUCCUGGACGAAACAUAUUUUUGCCAAACUUGUCAAGACUGGACAGAGCACCUGAGGUUAUUUCACAGUCAUCUUCCCUUCUGCCCUUGUCUGGAUUUUCAGCUCAGGAGAAUUCCUAUCAAAACAGCAGCAUUUUUAGUGAAGCCUAUGGGAAAAACAUGACCCCAAAUCCCAAACCAGAUAUUCCCUUGGCACACCAGGAGGCUUCACUCUAUUCCCUGUUUGAAGGCACUCCGUGGUCUCCUUCUCUUCCUGCCAGCUCAGACCACUCAACACCAGCAAGCCAGUCUCCCCACUCCUCAAAUCCCAGCAGUUUGCCCUCAUCUCCACCCACACACAGUCAUGGCUCUAUCCCCUUCUCUAACUUUGGACCCAUUGGGACCUCUGACAGCCGAGACAGGAGGAUGACAGACCGCUGGAAGGCAGAGAAAACGGUUGGGGGCUUCGGUUUGGACUACUUGCCCGCUGUGUCUUCGUCUGAGAACAGUUGGCACCAAGCAAGUGCUCCCAGCAGCACCUGGGCAGCGCAGGAGUCACCCAUGGAGGACUCCUCUACAGUCCUCUUGGACAGUCUUAAGUCAAUCUGGUCCAGCUCCAUGAUGCAUCCAGGCCCCUCAGCCCUGGAACAGCUGCUCAUGCAACAGAAGCAGAAGCAACAGAGGGGACACGGCACCAUGAACCCACCGCACUGAAGCCGACAGACGCAAGGCUUUGUGGAAAUCAACAGCAUUUGGGGGCUGUGGGAAGGCCAACGACCCAAACGCGUUCGACAGCCUCCCGUACGACUCUCCCCCGCCCCGCCGGGCGAGAGUAGAGCGACCGCGUUCUCACUCUGCAGCUCCACUGCACAGACGGGUGCGCACUCUCACUCAGCUGCUCUGCACCAAGCUGCAGCUAAGCGACUUACGGACAAGAGCUCCCCCCCCCUCCCCCCCUCCGUUGACACCAUACUUCCCGACCUCUGUAGAAUGAUAGGGAAGGACCACCGUACGGCUCUUCAAGACUCCUGGUUCAUCCUUAAAACCUCUUGUCUCAAAGAGGACAGGCAAGUGUUGAAAACUGGUACGCUGUACAGGAGUGCCAGGAUCAGGAGGGAAUGGGGUAGAAGGCAAGGCCACCUAAGGCAUAUCAAGUUGUUGGGGGGGUGGAGAAGAGUGUGUUCUACUUAAGUCGCUUUUUGUUUUUUCCUUGGAGUAAGGCGUUUUUUAUCUGGUUAAAAAUGAAGUAUAUUGAAAUGGUAGGGAUGAGUGCAUUUCUUUCCGAAAGCAUUCAGAAGUCAAUACAGAACGGAGCGAGUUGGACGCCCCCUCUGCUCAUCAGGCAGCAGAAACGUACUUUUUAGGUAUAUUGAAAUGAUGGAAAACAUCUCCAGGCCCAUAAGGUUAAUUGCGCUGCUGGCUACCAGCGAUGCUGGGUUGACAGUUGCAGAAAGAAUGAGAAGCUUGUGUAGGCGGGGGUGUAAUCUAUUGAUUAGUAUUGACAACUGCAGUAGAGAUUGCUAUAUUAUAAUACUGUAUUGUGUGAUUCGUUAUGUAGCAGUUCUAGACUUAUGAAAUACAGGCUAUAUAUGUACACAAUAGUUUACUGCUGAUAGGGGUGGGAUGUUUAUGUUCCUCAUAUUUCUCCUAUACCUGCUUCCUUUGAGUAUACACUCUAGCUUACCAGCAUAGCAGUUUUGUUCAUGUUCUGCCUUUUUUGUAUUUUUAAGAAGUUUGGUGGCUCUCUCUGUGCCUGGUCUUUUUUUUUUUUAUUAUUAUUAUUUUGAUUGUUACAAUCAUGGUUGGCAGCAUCUUUGAAUAAUAAAAAUUGACGGGUCCAGCAAAGCUGCUGGUUCAGCAGUAUGGGGCACAAACCACAUAGCAUUGUUUUCAAAAGAGCAUUGCAGGUAUGGACCUUGCAAGAAGCCACUAUGAAAUGAGCAGCGGUGGUGAGAUCCAUGCUGAUGGCCUCUGGCACACAUAUUGAAAAAGAUAAAUAUAUAUUUUGUGGUUUAAAAACUAAAGCAUAAAAGGGAAAGUCCCCACCCUCCCAAUGUUCAGAAUAUUUUAUUAAAGACCACUUUAAAUGAUGUGUCUACUUGAUGUGUUGACUGUGCUUGUUGCAUUGAAAUAUAUAUAUUAAAUAAGGAAAAAAAAUAAUUUGGACUGAAUGCUAAGAUGUGAUUGGUUAAAAGCCUUGCAUCACUUUUCAGUACUUUAACAUCUCCAGAAAAAUAACUGCACUAAUUUUUUUUUUUUUUUUUUUAAAAAUCUGUGCAUUUUCAUUGGGAUUGAAAAUCUUGCUGUGCUCUUAAUCAGCAUCAGUUGUGUUUCCAAGUGUUCCUAAGCUGUUUAGAUGGCGCGUUUAAGAACUCUUUGUGCUCGUUUAAAACUACGCAGGAGUUUUAUGAAGACUGGGAAAGGCCUGAGACCCUACACAGAGAAACGGUUUCUCUAUAAGGGGGGUGAUGUUACAUCCUUCCUGGGCUUUGAAACCAGCUAGGUAGGUUUAGAUUUUGUUCCACCUCGUGCUCCUUAGAAUUCCAGCAAGCUGAACAGUGGAUUUGGAGAGUCUUUCCUAAGCAUCUUGUACGAAGACUUGCAGGAACACUGCAUUUAGUGCAGUAAACAUUCCAGUGUGGGUGUCCUGCAGUCCGCCCUUACAGCAUGCAGCACAGCCAGUCACCAUCAGUCACCAUGAAACCAUGUUGCAAAGUUCACCUUGGAACUCUGCAUGAGAAUAUGGCUUAUGGAAUGUUUUGUGUAUUAUUGGAUAGGUGUUGAGGUACUCUGAAGUGAAAGGGGGUGGGGCAUUAUUAACAAACUUGGUUUUGUGUUCUAAGCUUUUGUGUUACCUGUCUGUGUAGGCACUCUUCAGCAGUUGCUGAACUCGGCUAUGCCUUUAAUAAAGUAAACCAUGUUCU